AUCUCUAACCUUUGCCUAUACGCACUAUGCCGGGCCGGCCCCUCACUGCCCUUUCACGCACUUCAUCUUCCCACCAGUCAUCCGUCGUCGCCCCUUGAGCCGCGCAUCGGGGGAGCUUGUUUCGGCAGCAUACGGCCGUAGCUUGAAAGUCCGGUGCUUCGUCUUCCUCCUCCCGGAGCCAAUGGCCCGAUUCAUUCCACCAUUUGCCCCGCGAGCCCUGCGCACGAUAUCCACUGCUGCAGUCCGUCCUCCCGGAGCCUCCGCCUCGUGCCCCCUUAUCAGCCGCGCCGGCGCCGCUGCUCCUGCCUCUGCCGCCGCCCCGCAUCGACGUCAUCUCCAGCCGUCGUUGCCCCUCCAUGUGCCCCGCGCAUCCAUCACUACCACAUCAUUAUCACCUGCCGCAUCCUCCGCACCUCGGAUAUCAUCACCACCACCACCACCAUCAGCUUCUGCGGCAGCAAGGAGAAAAAGCUUCAGCACCACAUUAGCGACAGCAUCAGCAUCAUCACCAUCAAACAUGGCGCCCCUCCCCGCCACCAUGAAGGCCAUCCAGAUCGCCAAAAACGGCGGCGUCGAGGUCCUCGAGCUCAACGACGUCCCCGUCCCCAAGCCCGGCCCCGGCCAGGUCCUCGUGCGCAACCGCUUCUCCGGCGUCAACUUCAUCGACACGUACUUCCGCACGGGACUGUACGCCGCGCCGGGCUUCCCGCUGACCCUCGGCCGCGAGGCCGCCGGCGAGGUCGUCGCCGCGGGCGCCGACGUGCCCCCCGCGCUGAGCCAGCCCGGCACCCGCGUCGUGUACAUGGACCAGGCCGGGUACGUGCAGUUCGCCGCCGUCCCCGCCGACAAGCUCGUCGUCGUGCCCGACGCGCUGACGCUCGAGCAUGCCGCCGCCGCUUUCCUCCAGGGCCUCAGCGCGUGGACGUUUGUGCGCGAGGCGGGCGAGGUCAAGGCCGGGCAAUGGACGCUCGUGCACGCUGCGGCGGGUGGCGUCGGGUUGCUGCUCGUGCAGAUGCUGCGCAGCGUGGGAGCAAAGGUCAUCGGCACCGCGAGUUCCGAGGAGAAGCGUGAGCUUGCGCGCAAGAAUGGCGCCGGGUGGACCGUCGACUCGCACGGCGAUGUCGUCGCGGAGGUCAAGAAGAUUACUGGCGGGCACGGCGUCGACGUCAUCUUUGACGGCGUCGGCAAGGCCACCUUUGACGCCGACCUCGAGAUGAUUGCCAUGAAGGGCCACCUUAUUUCGUUUGGUAACGCGUCCGGCGCCGUCCUGCCCCUCUCCAUCCUCAAGCUCGGCCCGAAAAACGUCAAGCUCAUGCGCCCCGUCGUCAACGGCUACGUCGCCGAGCGCGCCGACCUCGAGCGCUACUCGGCCGAGCUCUUUGACCUCAUCGCCUCGGGCAAGGUCAGCGUCGCCAUCCACAAGACCUACGCGCUCAAGGACGUGGCCCAGGCCCACCAGGACAUUGAAAGCCGCAAGACGACGGGAAAGCUCUUGUUAGACUGCGAGUAA